UUUAACAACUCGCAACUCUUCCGGGUUGGGUUGACGUUUCACUGCAAGUCAAAGCGCUUGCUGUUGCGCGCUCUCCUCCAAAAAAAAAAAAUGGAGGAAAAAGACGACGACGACAACAACAACAACAACGACGACGACGACGACGACGACGAGGAGGAGGAGGAGGAGGAGACUUUUUGGACGCGGAACAGGAACGAAGAGCCAAUCGGAGCCCGGAGACGCAGAAGCGGACUGACUGAAAAACGCCCCGGAAGACGGCGAGGUGCAGAUUCAACAGUUGACGAUGUCCGCCCUCAAGAUACAGCAAGAUUACCUUCCACCGUGUUCACCGAUUGGGAGGCCCUCAUCCAGGAAACCGACCACGUCCCAUCAUUGCAGAGUUUGGACACUUUUAGCAGAGCAUGUUUAUGAAAUCCAAAGGUCGUGAGCUCAAAGGCUCUUUUGUUCGGAAUGAACGAGCAGUUCCCCAAGGAAAUCAACGA